AUGGCUCAGCGACGCAUUGCGAACCCCGCCCUCUUCAUCUGCGAUCUUCAAGAGAAGUUUCGUCCAGCCAUUUAUGAGUUUCCCAAAGUCGUCUCCACGGCACAAAAGUUGCUGAAAGCGAGCAAAUUACUGAACAUUCCAGUCUUCGCGACUACCCAGAACAAAGGUAGGUUACGGCUGUACGAACCAACACCAGAAGUCAAGCAAGCACUAGACUCGCUCAACGCCUCUGGCCCACUCUCCUGCAUCAUUGUCGGCAUCGAGAGCCACAUCUGUGUCACUCAGACCACACUCGAUCUCCUCCGGGCCGGACACCAAGUCUAUGUCAUUGCUGAUGGCGUAAGCUCGUGUAACAAAGAAGAGGUGCCGAUCGCUUUGGCAAGGCUACGCCAUGAAGGUGCCGUGGUGACCACUAGUGAGAGCUUCAUGUACGAAUACGUUGGGGACGCUAGUACACCCGAAUUCAAAGACAUCAUCAAGGUAGUCAAAGAGACGUCGCAAAGCACAAAAGAGGCAAUGCAGACGCUUUGUAAAAUCUGA